GGCAGAGACAGUGCUACAGAAGAAGGGGAAGGUGAUAGGGGCCAGCAUUCCUCCUAUACAUUUACGGCUCCAGUACACACCCCUCACACCCAUCACCCUGGAGGCGCCCAUGCCCCCACCUCUCACUGACCACCAGGAAGGUGCUGGUGUGCUCUACAUAAUGGUUCAUGGUGCUGACAACAUUACUACUCCCACCUCUGAGAAUCUUCCAAGCCCUUACUGCCUCAUCUUCAAUAAUCGAAAGAAGGUGAAAAUGACCCACUAUGUGAGUGAGUGUGGGAGUCCCAGAUGGGAGUGUGGGGUGGAGGUGCUGGUGCGGGAGGUGUGUGCUGUCACCCCUGGCCAUGGCAGUCUGCUCCCUCCCCCGCACUGCCACUCUUCAGGACACAGAGCUGCUGGGUCUGGCCACAGUCUCCCUUGCAACAGUGAAGCUGCCCAUGGUCCGCAGACCGCUGCCCCUCACCCGAAGUCUCCCAACUCCAGGCACCACCCCCACAUCCUCCUCUCCUAUGGGGACAGUGACUGUGACAGUUGUGUUCCGCUCCAUCCCAUCAGUGGCCGGCUGCAACAUUUCCUCGGCACCUGAUUCUGUUUUGGAGCGAGCUGGGCAAGCCAUCCUGGGAUCAGUGGCACCUGGCCAGACAUCAGGUCUUGGCACCCCUGUUGGCACGCUGCGACGGCCCUCCCUCACAGGGCUCGGGGAUGAUGAGGAUGGUAUCAGCAAAAAACGGCCAAAUGCACCAUGGUACUCCCAGGCCAGUCGUCGUUGGGGCACCCAGGCAGGGACACAGGACAUUGGGGACAUCCUGGCCUCGGGGCUUGGUCUCAUGGAACUCACCAUCAUCAGGGCACGAGAUCUGGUAGCUAAGGACCUGAACGGGUACAGUGACCCUUAUUGUGUGGUGAAGGUCAACGGGGAGGUCAAGUACAGGACACGGGUGAAAAAGAAGACUCUCAACCCAGAAUGGGAAGAAACACUCAUGACACACCUGCCCAAAGCUCCCGACCACCUAUCCAUCACUCUGUGGGACCAUGAUGCCUUUGGAAGGGAUUUCCUGGGGUCUGUGUCCCUUGGGGAGGAGGAAGUGCGUGGGAUGUCCAUUGGUGAUGCCCCUGUGUGGUGCCUACUGGAGGGCACCAAGUCAGGGCACCUGGAAGUGAGGAUCAAAGUUAUCUCAGAUGAUUACGAGAUCCUAUUUGAUGAAUUCAGUCCUGAAGGGUUUAUCUUGUCAGGUGCAGCAGCCCAGCAUCAGAUCAAGGCAGCAGAUGGCCCAUUGGCAGCUGGAGUACCAUUGGGAGCUGGUAGCACAGAAGGGAAAGUGGUUAUGGUUGGAACAGAAGGGGACCCUGACAACUCAGAAGGUGUGGCCUCACAGGAAUCAGUUGAUGAGCCGGAAAGCCCAAUCCUGUCAUCUGAUCUUCAAGAUAGCCAGAACGGUGAAACACCUCCCUUGACUAAUGGACGGAGGGCCAGCGAGUCAUCCAUCCUGGACAACCAGAGGGAGGAGCCGCCCAUCCACACAAACCUGAGAGGCACUAUGAGUGGAUCAGCAACACCUGCCUCCUCCAGCCCAGUCCAUGCCCCAGUCCAGUCAAGGCGCUCGGGAGCCAAGAUCAUUGCCAGUGCUCUGUCCAUGGCUCGCGCCCGCUCCCAUGAGGCCUCCCCGGCCCACAGCCCCAAGAGCACCAAGGCUAUUCCCAAGAUAAGUCUCACUGAACACCAUAGUGAGGACGACUAUGGUGGAGGAAGCAGCAGCAGCCCUGAGCACCACCACCGUCACCGCCACCACCACAAGUCUAAGAAAAGCUCUGAUGGGGGUCUGAGGGCAGUGCGGGAGAAGGUGUGUCGCGGUCUGGCUCACCCCCUCAGACGCUUUCGGUCUGAGGCAAAUGUAAGGGGAGAGCAACAGCAGCAAGAAGAGGAAGAGGAAGAGGAAGAAGGCUGUCAAGAACUUCAGGAUUCACCUCACCACCCCCACCACCACCCCCGCCUGCAGUUGUCCCUCAGCGUUGGGGUGCCAGUGAGGGUAGGGGUGGGUGGAGGGGAGAGUGAUGCAUCAGAGUUACUGGGAGGGGAUGCACCGCUCAGCCAUGCCAAGUCUCAGCCCAACCUGCUCCUGGAGGCUGCCAGACUUUCGUCAUCUACGAAAGCACUGAAUAGCAGCAACAACAACAAUGUUAACAACAACAACAGCAGCAGUAUUCCACAACGGGCUGAGGUGUUUGUCAAUGUGCGUGGUGUUGCCAAGCGUGUGCAGGGGCUCCACAUUCCUCGCUCGGGCCUGCAGCUCUUCCUCAGGGUCCGCAUUAGUGAUGAGAAGAGUGGAGGAAGCCUUAGUAGCACCAGCAGCAGCAGCAGUAGUGGUAGGAGCACCAAGACAGUGGGUCGGUCUCGGUUGGUUCCUGCCUGCCCCUCACCAACCUUUGAUUGUGAGUGGCAGGUUGACAGUGAGGUCAGCCGGCGUGCUAUCUUGGUGUUGGAGGUCAGGUCAGGGUCACGCCAGCUCCUCAACUCUUCAAAUGUUACUCUUGGAGAUCUUUUCACAGAGCCAGGCGCAGAGGGCAGUGUGGAACGAUGGGUCAACCUGCAGGGUGGUGCCACAUUGCUGCUAAAGGCGAGUCAUGGAGGGGAUGCACCACCCACUUCCCGGAGACGCUCCCUCUUCCGCUCUUGGUCCCUUCACCGGCUGGGCAAGAUUUAAAGGGCACAUUGGCAGCUGCCCUUACACCUCACUGUACUGCCUUAGAGGAGGGGAAAGAAAAGGGGGAUUGGUAUUAUGUUUAGGAUUUAGUUAAAGGGGGAUAAGGAAAGCAGUAUUCAUUAUUUGACAAGAGGAAAGAAGGGAAAGAGAAGUAAGAGCGUCAGUAUUAAAUUAAAGAAAAUAGGGAAAACAAAUUGAAAGAUGUUAGUUUGUGGUUUCAAGAGGGAAGAGAAAGGAAAAAGUAGCUUAAAUAGCCAUUUGUGGUUCAGGGAAAUUGUAAAUACUGGGAACAAAGAGUCAGAUUGGCAUGUGUAGGAAGAUAGCACUAGAAAAGAGGCAUAAGUUUGGUAGAUAUAGAGGGGAGAUAACAUUAGAUGAAAAGUUCUUGACUUGUGAAUAGGAAUAAGAGAAAAAUAAGUUAGUCAGAGGGAGUCAGAGGGGUUUUAGAGAGGAAUCAAGUAAUUUAGUGCUAUGCUUACCCAAAGGCAUAAUAUUAAACUCGACCACCUACUUUAUGAAAAUCCUGGUUAAGAUUUUGGUGGCAGUGAUAAUACAAAGCUCAUCUUUUUACUCCUCAUUAGUAAGGGUAGCUAAGUUAGGUAUAAGCUCAACAAAGAAUUAUUUAGCAUAUUAUAUAACAACUGGCUGCAAGACUCACUCUAUUUUCAUGAUUCUCUAUAUCCAUCACACACCACACAUAUACACGUACUACAUGCAGACAUUUCCACCAAUCUCCUUCUUCCUUUAUUUCUAUACAGUCAAAGCCAGUAUAGGUGAUCUAGUCAUUUAUUUAUAGGGUCUUGGAUACUAUGAUAUAUAAGCCUUCAUGUUGUGCCAAGUUGACCUGCAUGUGCCCUUCAGCCCACAUAUCAUUCUGUGCACAAUAAAUGUUUCUUGGUUCCACUUGA